AUGCAUUUCAGUACUGAGCCUGUGGCUCUAGGCCUACAGCGACACGACUGGUUUAGAGAUAGUGGAGAUGAUGGAUAUGACUUCUUAGAUAUUAGAGAUUAUGAUGUUGCAGCCCUGGCAAAUAACUGGAGCCAUGCCUUUCCAUAUGGCAUUAACAGCAGUUAUGAGAUUGAAGAGACUCUAAGUACUAGGCAGAAUACUCAUUCUCAACAGAUUGUUGGAUCCGUGGAGAUUGGAGACUCCUACAGCAUAGAACCAGAUAAUAGCAAUUUUGAUAGCCGGAGGCGAAAGGUUUCUUUAGAGUGGAUCUUUGCAAUCUCCAAUUUCAUUCUGGAGCUUCCCUCAGUAGUACUCGAUCAACUUUCAUCAGCGCAUAAGCCUCAAUACACACUAUUUGCUAUGCUACUAUCAUUUUCAGCCUUGUUUAUAUGCAUUACUGAGCUCAUUUAUAAAGGUCGAAAGGAAAAAAUUAUCUGCAGAUGGAGGGGUUGUCUCCCUUGGUUUUAUAAUGCAUCACAAAAUUACAAGCCUUUUGGUACCUUCAAGGAUACCGUUGGGUCUCUUUGUGCUCUCUGUCAGUGUGUUUUCACAACUGUUAAUUAUGCACAAGCUGAUACUAUCAAAAUAUCAGUUUGGCCUGUUAUCUUUGCUUUUGGUCUAUUAUGGUCUAAAAUGUUGGAGAAUCCCGAGAGAAGAACUGCAGUGUAA